GGGAGAACCGAGAUAUGAUUAAAUGACGAUUGGCGCCAGGCCCUCAAAUGCAAUAGUAAAUGUCCGUCUUGACGACGCUCGUUGGAGGGGUGCCUUCAGAACUGAUUUGAUGACGUUAUUUCUGGCUUCCCGCGGGCACGUUCUCCCGCUCCUCUCAUCUCGGCCAGCGUGUCCCCUCCCCGGCUUUUUGGCCUCUCACGUCGUCGAGGUGCAGUCGACGCUUAUACCCCGCUGCUACCAGCACCGUCAGCGGUUGAAUGCCUUCGAACAUGGUUCCCCUUGCCAUCAGACUGGGUCUCCUGUCAUGUCUUCUCCUUUUCUCGUCUCUCUUUCGGCAUGUUUCAGCGCAGUCGACGUCGAUUCCAACCACCACCACUUCGGGCCAAGCAGCGUCCACUUCGUCUCUCUCAUCAAAUCUUACCACUACUACCGCUACUAUUACCCCAAAUAUUACCAUCUUCCCUGUUACUACUUCGGCCACUCUCACCUCGGUUAGCCAGUCUGGCUCUCAGAACGUGACCAUUGCAACUGUUGUACCCACCGCCUUUAAUGUUACCAGUACAUUCGCUUCACCUACUGCAACUUCAUCCACUACUUCGUCCGCCACCCCAACCCCCAUAGUGCUUGCAACCAAAAUCACCCCUGCAUUUGGCGUCCUUGGGGCUAUUCUCGUUUUGACAGGUCUACCUAGUGCCUUUUGGGGUCACAAGAACCGAUGGACUUCGUUCUUUCUCAUUGGUUUCUAUACCUUCACGCUUGUGUGUUUCGUUCUCAUCGCCAAGUUUGGUAUUCUCCCUGCCGUGAAUCCCCCGAGUGCCACGCUACAAGGCAUGUUUGUCUUGUCGUGCGCAAUAUCUGGUAUCAUGGGUGGUGCCAUCAGCAUAUUCUUUUGGAAGGCUACCAAAUAUUUCAUUGGCGCCUGGGGAGGUUUUGCCGUCGCCUUGUGGAUCCAGUGCUUCAAGGAUGGCGGCCUCAUAACUCCCGUUGGUACCCGCUGGAUAGUAUACAUUUCUUUGGGAGUGGUUGGCUUUGUUUUGUGUACGAUCCCAAAGAUUCACUGGCACAUCUUACUACUUGCUACUGCAUUCGUUGGUUCCUCCGUCUUUAUGCUCGGUGUCGACUGUUACACUACUGCGGGCUUGAAGGAGUUUUACGUGUGGAAUCUUGGAUUCACUGGACUUUUCCCCAAAUAUACCGACAGCGGCAUUGCUUUUCCCGUCUCCCAGACCAUGCAAAUCGAACUCGGUCUUAUUGGUGCGGUUGCACUAAUGGGUGGCUCCGUGCAACUGCGCAUACUACGUGUCCUGCAGCGCAAACUCAAGGAAAUCGCCGAAGAACAACGACGUAGAGACGAAGAAGCUGAACUCGAUGCUUCCGGCCGCUUUGCCGACCUGGAAAAGGAGAGAAAGGAAUGGGAGAGCGAUCACCCGCCACUUCGUAUGCAUGCUCGGACCGGAAGUGGAUACUCCGGCACCCCUCUUAUGAACGACUUUCCUGCGUCUAGUUCCAACGAAGGUCCUUCGUCUACCAACACGCUCAUUGCUGGCCGUGGCCGAUACACCUCCGGCGUUUCUGAUUUCUUGGCAGCGCCAGUACCGGAUGACGAUGUGCGGCGAACGGCGAAAAGUCACCUCCAGAAGGGACUCCUCCCUAACUUGGAUCUUGGUACCGGCAUCCAGGAUGAUGUCCCGACCGGCUUCAUCACAGAGACGGAGCCUGAAAGCAAGGAGUCCAAGGCGGCCAAAGAAGCGAAGAAGGCCGAAAUUUCGGCAGAGCUGGAGGCGUUGUCCCGCAAAGAGGAACUGCUCACCGAGAUCCAAACUAUAAGGCGCUCCAUUGAUGCGCUGCGUUCCGACACACCCGGCGUGGAUUCCGAUGAUUCCCGCUCUCGCAGAAUUUCGCUCAGUUCCAAACGCACACUGAGCUGCGACCUCGACACCGUCACUGGCACUCGUCUGCACGCACGACCACCGAGACAGCCUGAUCCCCGCGUCCGCACCCAUUCUAUGGAGUUCUCCAAGAUUAUUGAUGCUCCCCCCUUGGGCGCGUCCAUUAGCCGCCCUACAAGCGUGCCUCUUAAAAAUGAGGACUGGGAUUCAUAUGUCCAGGAUCGCAAGCUGUUGCAGCCUCCUUCCGGCGUGACUGCACCUAUACCAACGACUCCUGUGUCUUCACGACUGCCCAUGCCGGCUGCUGUGAGCGAGGCGCUGGCUCAACGCAAGCGUCGUGAAAGCAGUUUACUUGAUUUCGGUGGUAUUGACAUUACGCUGAAGGACGUUUCUGAAGAAGACAUCCCGAUUGGUAGUCUUGCGGGCAUGAAAUUACAGCCGAAGCAGAAGGGACCGCAUACUAGCGGUAGCAUACCUCAAGUGCUACUUCAACAGCCGGGCUCUGCAUCAGCACCGGAACCACCUUCAAACAGCGUCCCGUUGAUUGUGACACGCCCCAGGCCAGUCAAGGCUACCUCAGUCGAGGCCACCAACAGUAAUAUUCCGAUUGUGCUCCCACCUAGCCGACCAUUGAAGGCGGCGGCCCUGGAAUCGUCAAACAGCGCACCCUACAUCGCUUCUCGAGGUGGAACUGCUGUCCCCCUGAAGCCUGAACCCCAGCGUGUGGCGACGUUUGAGGAGCUGGAGGAACGUCACCGUCAGAAGAUGAGGGGGUUGCAGGCACCACUGACACAGGUUGAAAAGGAGCAUGCCGAAGUUGAGGCGGCGAAGAAUCGCUGGGAGCGAUCGCGGGCUAUUGAACGGGAGGUGGUGAAUAAGAGGCAGGCUGAGAAGGCUGCACAACUCGAGCGAGAGGAGAAGGUUCGACGGAAGUCGCAGGAUGGGUUGGGAAAGCGCGGGUCCACCCUUCUUGACUCUGGCAAGACCGGUGAUAGGAGCUCAAACGUGCUGAACGCGGAGAAACUUGCAGUUGUCGGAGGAAAGUCUUCGCCGUCGUCGAAGAGACAAUCGAUAAUGCGGGUGGAAGAUUGGCAACGUCACCAACAGGAUGCGGAGAUAGGUAUUCGUCCUGACGCGAGUGGCUCGAAGCGGGAGUCUCGUUCGAUGGCUCUUGCGACGGUCCCCUUCCCUGGACAAAAUAGGGCGCGCGAGAAGGGGAGCGAUAGGCGACGGGCGUCUGGCUCCCCGCGCGACCCUCCCAAUUGAAUCGCUUCUUUUGUUUUUAAGGACGAGAUUGUCUGCAACACAUAUCCAUUCAUUUCAUGAACUGGGACGACAUUUUUUCGACUCAUUCGGGGACGGUACUGAAGGCAAGAGUUUAUUUUCUUCGCUUUUCUUGUUUUGUCCUCGA